CCAAAUACAAUACUUAUAUAUAUUUAAAGUUUGUUAGUCUGUCUAUUAGUAACACAAAUCCUCCAUGAUGUUAUACAUCAUCAUCAUCAUCAUCAUCAUCAUCAUCAUCCUCCCUUUGUUGUCCUUCUCCCUUCUAGCCAAGUUCCAUGGGAAACCCUACCCGCCCGGCCCCAAAGGCUGGCCGUUGAUCGGGUACAUGAACUUGAUGGACCACUACUCGCACCGCGGGCUCGCCAAGCUAGCCGACAAGUACGGCGGCUUGGUGCACUCGCGAAUGGGCUCCCUCCACAUGGUCGUGGUGUCGGGCCCGGAGGAAGCCCGUCAGGUGCUCCAAGUCCACGACGGCGUCCUGUCCAACCGGCCCGCGACCGUCGCCAUCAGUUACCUGACGUACGAACGGGCCGACAUGGCGUUCGCCCACUACGGCCCGUUCUGGCGCCAGAUGCGCAAGGUGUGCGUCAUGAAGCUCUUCAGCAGGAGACGGGCCGAGUCGUGGGACUCGGUCCGGGACGAGGUGGACCAGAUGGUCCGGACCGUGGCGGCGAGCGCCGGUUCGCCCGUGAACGUGGGCGAGCUGGUGUUCGGGCUCAUGAAGAGCGUCAUAUACCGGGCCGCAUUCGGGUCCAAGUCCAAGGAAGGGCAAGAGGACUUCAUCUCCAUCCUCCAAGAAUUCUCAAAGCUCUUUGGAGCAUUCAACAUAUCGGAUUUCUUCCCUUGGCUGAAGUGGGCCGACUUGCAGCGGCUGAACCCGAGGCUCGCGGAGGCUCGGGCCCGGCUCGACGGGUUCAUCGAUGUGAUCAUCGAUGACCACAUACAGAAAAGAAGUAAUGGUGGCGGGAAGGGGGAGGUUCCCGGCGACAACGCGGCGGCGGAAAGCGAUAUGGUGGACGAGCUGCUGGCGUUUUACGGGGAGAAAGCUGAGUUGAACGAGUCAUCAGAAGAUUUGGUGAAUGCCAUUAAGCUAACAAAGGAUAAUAUCAAAGCCAUCAUAAUGGACGUGAUGUUUGGGGGCACCGAAACUGUGGCAUCAGCAAUAGAGUGGGCCAUGGCGGAGGUGAUGAAAGCGCCGGCCGAACUCAAGAAGGUUCAAGAAGAGCUCGCUGCCGCCGUCGGUUUCAACCGGAAAGUGAACGAAUCUGAUUUAGAAAAUCUACCCUACUUAAAAUGUUGCGUGAAGGAGACGCUCCGACUGCACCCGCCUAUCCCUCUCCUCCUCCAUGAGGCAGCCAAGUCAUGCGUGGUCAAUGGGUACCACAUCCCUGCCAAGUCGCGCGUGGUGAUCAACGCAUGGGCCAUCGCACGAGACAAGAACUCCUGGGACGACCCGCACAGUUUUAAACCCGAAAGGUUUCUCAAAGAUGGGGCUCCAGACUUCAAAGGGAGCCAUUUUGAGUUCGUACCUUUCGGGUCGGGCAGGAGGUCGUGUCCAGGAAUGCAACUCGGGUUGUACGCGCUAGACAUGGCCGUCGCCCAACUUCUUCAUUGCUUCACGUGGGAAUUGCCGGAUGGGAUGAAACCGAGUGAGCUCAAUAUGGACGACGUGUUUGGUCUCACUGCGCCCUUAGCGAGUCGACUCAUCGCCGUCCCCACCCCACGCCUCCUGUGCCAUCUCUUUUGAAAGUCAAAAUCAAAAUAAAGCUAGCAGCAUGUUCGUCUAUUUUAACUUUUUUCUAGUUAAAUUGGCCGAAUUUUGAUCAAGAUUAAAUAAAAAUUGCAUGAUAUAUUGAUACAACAAUAUCAUUUUCGAGAAGUAUAUUUUGCAAGGUAAAUUCAAUGAAGUCAUUUCAAUAUU